GUGACGCGAUGGUUCGGAUGAGGAGAACGGUGGAAUGCCGCCACGUAGCGGUUGUGUAGUGUUGUGAGAAGGCCAGGCCGAGCCCAACGCUGCAUGUGACUCCGAACCUCGCACGUGCAACCAACCAUGCUCCCUUCGCCACCUGUAAGUUCAUCGUCAUGUCGCCAGGCCAACCUCAUUCCCAUUGCUCCAUCUCACGUGGCCUUCUCUCUCUUCCCUCACCGUUAAAUUCUAGCCUCCCCCCCCCUCCCCCCCUCCCCCGCUCCCACCUUUCUUCCUUUCUGUUCUCUUUCUCUCCCUAUAAUUCUAUCCUUACCCUCCAAGUUUCUCAUUUUCCCUCUGCCCCUUCCCUUCUGCCUAAACCCUAAUUAUCCCAUUUCCUGCUCUUACUCUUCUUCCAAACCUUUCAUCACGUCUUCCUCACGCAUUUCCUGCUUCCUCCGUCUUCCCUUUCUCUCUCAGAGAUCGCUUUGGGAGGAGCUGAACGCACUGGGCUGGAAGAAGUCAUUCAGCCGAGGGAUUGGUAUCACUGCGCCCAAGGCGAGAACACGCGACAAACUGAUGUGUAGGGGUUUGAGUCUUUAAAUUCGUGAGUAGAUUGGGCUCAGGUUUGUUGGAGACAAGAAGAAUUAAUUGCAAUGACUCGCAUUUUGGUUCAGCGGGGUUCCUCGGGCAGUUCUUCUUCAAGCUCAAGUCGUUCUUCUUCCUCGCCUGGGUCUUCAUCUGUUCGAGCAGAGCCACAGGUUGCUGUUCCUCCCGUUUCUUCAGUUGGGAAAGAUGAGAAUAGUGGAGAAGAGGUAAAGGACCUAGUUGUUGGUGACGAGGUUUCGGAUUGUCCUGGGACUGACGAUAGUAAGCCGCAAAGUGAUAACUUUUCAACAGAAAGUCUCCAUAAUGAUCAGACCGACACCUUAAGUGAUGAAAUAACUGAUGACAAGACUGUUAAAGAGGAGGUUAGUGGUCUCGGAGAAAUAAUGAAAGGGUUGAGUGGACUGAGAAAUUUAAGAGAAAACGAGAUCUCAAAGGAGGAUUCUUCGCUUACUGCAAGCGGUAGUUCAUAUCCGCCACCUCCUCCGGUUCCACCCCCAAGACCUUCUGCUGCUAACUUGAAUUCAAGGAGAAAUGCGUCUGGAAAUUCAAAUGCUGUCCAUAUAGGAUCACCUAGAAGAGGAUCUGCACGACCUGUUGUUUCAGCUAGGACUUCACCCGCUGGAUCCCGUCCAUCUUCUCCCAGGUCUCAUAAUGAAAAUGAGGGGUACAAUAGUGCUGACGAACAGAGUUCCUGCUUUGUAUCGUCAUAUGAUAAUUUAGAAAGAGAGCGACAGUUUGAAAUUGAUAUCAGAAGGGCAAAAGGUUAUGAAGUAAAAAGAAUGGCGGGGGAUGGAAAUUGUCUUUUCCGUGCAGUUGCAGAUCAGGUGUAUGGGGACCCUGAAUUGUAUGAUUUGACCAGACAGAUGUGCAUGGAUUACAUGGAGCGUGAAAGAGAUCACUUUUCCCAAUUUAUCACCGAAGGCUUUACGUCUUACUGCAAAAGGAAGAGAAGAGAUAAGGUCUAUGGAAACAACGUUGAGAUUCAAGCCAUGUGUGAAAUGUAUAAUCGGCCCAUUCAUAUAUAUUCCUACAGUACUGAACCUCUUAAUAUCUUCCAAGGAAGCUAUAACACUGACACGCCACCAAUACGAUUGAGUUAUCAUCAAGGGAAUCAUUACAACUCCCUUGUUGACCCACGACGCUUGACAAUUGGCUCAGGACUUGGAUUCAGCUGUCUGAGAGGGAUUAAUGUUGACAAAGAUAAAAUCAAGGCUGCUAUUAAAGCUCAACAGGACCAGCAGAUCGAUAACGCGCUUAUUGCUGAGGGACGGUUUUACUCUGAUCUGGAGCUCACGGAGAAGGAAAUGGAGCGUACGGUGAUGGAAGUUUCUCGGGCUGAGUAUCUUGCAAAUGAACAGCUAGGCCGCAGAGGAUCCUCUACAUCAAAAGCAGAGCCGUCAUCUUCUGGCGCGAGAUCAUGUGGGAGUGAGAGCAAGAUGGAAGGCGGGAAAGAGGAAGACGGUGAUAUGAGCGGCAGUAUGCGGAUGGUGCUAUCGAUGGGAUUCAGCUAUGUGCAGGCGAUUAAGGCAUUUAGCAUAUUUGGGGAUGAUGUUGAUUCUGUGGUUUGUUACCUCUUGGAAACUGGCAGCGGCAGCAGACGAAAAGGCAAGGCCACCCAAUAA